AUGGAGCAACCACGGCGCUGGCACGACGUGUUUUGGUUAGGGAUAUUUCUGAUCCAUUUGGUUGAUUUGGGAUUAGUUCUUGGGGUUUUAGGCCUCAACAGGUUCAAGCAAAAGAACAGGCUUGUCAUUGACAAGUACACCUACCGGUUCAUGGAGAAUGAGGCUGGUUUGACGGAGGAUUACUUGCCGCUUUACACGGUGGCCGGAAGAGUUGGAACCGCCCUUGGAUGGAGUUGGUUGCUGCUAUUAGGCUCACGCGCUACCCAGAUGAUGAAGGUGUCUGUGCACAUCCUCACUACUUACCUUGCAGUGAUCAGUGUUUUGUGUUUCUGGGCUGAGCAGUUUUUCUGGGGAGUUGCCUUUGCUAUUGGAGCAGCACUGCAGUUUUUGUAUGUGAUUUCUGUCAUAGACAGGUAUGGUAAUGAUGAAAGUGGUCUUUGGGUCAGGAGAGUGGCAUGUGCAUUUAUGCUUGUUGUGCUUUUAUGGAUGGCCUUGUGGUCAUUUGGAGCUGCUGGUGUCGUGGCUUCAAGCAUAGGUGAUGGUGGACGCUGGUGGCUUCUUGUGGUCCUCUCUGUAAGCUUAUUUUGGACAGGAGCUGUGUUUUGCAACACUGUGCAUGUCAUUGUGUCUGCCACAGUGGUUCGUGUUACUAUCCAUGGUGGUAGAGAGGCUGCGUCAAUUCCUGGUAACCCCUUAAUGAAAUCUUUACAGUAUGCUUUAACAACAUCUUUUGGCAGCAUUUGUUAUGGAUCAUUAUUCACGGCUGCAAUUAGGACACUACGAUGGGAGAUCAGAGGAAUCCGGUCAAAGAUUGGCAACAAUGAGUGUUUGCUUUGCUGUGUUGAUUUCCUCUUCCAUCUUGUGGAGACUCUCGUCCGUUUCUUUAACAAAUAUGCAUAUGUUCAGAUUGCUGUUUAUGGUAAAAGCUUUAACCGAUCUGCUAGAGAUGCAUGGGAGCUAUUCCAGUCAACUGGAGUUGAAGCAAUUGUGGCCUAUGAUUGUUCAGGUGCUGUGCUUCUAAUGGGAACCAUUUUUGGGGGGCUGAUAACUGGAACUUGCUCUGGUGUUUGGGCCUGGAUUAAGUGGACUGACAGGGCUUUCAUGAUUGGGUCGACAUCUAUGCUCAUGGGGAUGGUAUUGGUUGGAAUAGCCAUGGUUGUGGUGGAAAGUGCUGUUACAUCCAUAUACAUAUGCUAUGCAGAAGAUCCCUCAUUGAUUCAGAGAUGGGACACUGAGUUUUUCGACCACAUGUCUGAGACACUGCGCCAACGACUUCAGCAUAGGAGUUCACGUGCAAGGGAAGUUUUAACCCUCAAUCACCUUGAGUCACGCUUUAGCAUCUCUUUGUUUCAUUUUGUGGCUAUAGGGGGAAACGACACCAACCGGAACCCGACCCGGUUCUCUGAUCUUGGAGAUCUUCAUUCCUGUGCCGUUUUUCAUCAGGAAGAUGUUGUUGAUUUAAGCUCAAGUUCUAUGUUUAGUAUGAAGUCAAGCAAUGUCGUUGGUAGCAGUAACAUGCAAUAUGGAACAUUGAGCACGGUGAAUAUUGGGUCUGCAGAGAUUGGUUCAAGUGGGGGAGGGUGCAUGGAUACAGGACAGCAACUGAUGUACCACAAAGGAGUGGCUAUGACAACCUUGCCUUCAGGAAAUGGUCAUGUUGACAAUUGGGCUGAUUCAGGUAUAGCAGAUAAUAGCCAACAAACUGACGAUACCUCCACAGAUAUUGACACUGAUGAUAGAAUCCAAUGCAAUAGAGUUAAGAACGGGUCACGUAUAGUUGUGCACUCCAAGGAUCAGACAAAGGUCAAACCUGAAGAUCAGAAGACACUGCGUAGACUGGCUCAGAAUCGGGAGGCUGCAAGGAAGAGUCGGUUAAGGAAAAAGGCAUAUGUACAGCAAUUGGAGAACAGCCGAGUCAAGCUUGCUCAAUUAGAGUUAGAACUUCAACGAGCACGUCAGCAGGGCAUAUUUAUCGCAACUCCAGGUGAUCAAGGUCAUUCAGCUGUCGGAAAUGGUACCUAUAAAGAAAAGCAUUAUUUCCUGCAGUUUCCAAGACAUGAUGCUUGUAUUGGGGCCUUAGCAUUUGACAUAGACUAUGCUCACUGGGUUGAUGAGCACCAACGUUUGCUCGAUGAUCUAAGAUUGGCUGUAAAUUCUCAAAUGAGUGAUAACGAAUUACAUAUCCUUGUGGAAGGUGUCAUGGCACAUUAUAAUGAGUUAUUUAGGUUAAAGAGCAUAGGGGCAAAGGCUGAUAUAUUUCACAUACUUUAUGGAAUGUGGAAAACACCAGUGGAAAGACGUUUUAUGUGGCUUGGUGGAUACCGGUCAUCCGAUCUUCUCAAGGUGAUUGACCAAUUUAGCACUUCCAUGUCAUUUGUGUUCACUUCUGUAGAAAUACCUUUUGUUCACUUCCACUUGUUGUCUUUUGGGAUUCAGAUCAUCAAGAACCACCUUGAGCCAUUGACAGAGCAGCAGUUGGUGGGCAUUUGUAAUCUGCAACAAUCUUCUCACCAGGCAGAGGAUGCUUUAGAUCAAGGCAUGGAAGCAUUGCAGCAUUAUCUUGUAGAAACACUUUCCUCCACCUCCCUAGGACCCACUGGUAGUGGAAAUGUUGCUGAUUACAUGGGUCAAAUGGCUCUUGCAAUGGGCAAGCUUGCUGAUCUGGAGAAUUUCCUUCAUCAGGCUGACCGCUUGAAGCAACACACUCUUCAACAGUUGCAACGAAUUUUGACUACGCGUCAAACUGCCCGGGCCCUCCUUGUCCAAAGUGAUUUCAUUUCAAGACUCAGAGCACUUAGUUCAUUAUGGAACAAAGUCAUGAUGUUACAUCUAGAAGUUGAAACUCUGGUGGAAAUGCAUAUCAAUAUCAACCUCACCCUUUCAGCAGCAAUGGCAGCAACAAUGGCAGCAUAG